AUAAAUAGUAGUUCCUCUCGGAAACGAGACUUGUAAUAUGGCUGCGCCCAUGAAAAGACAGAUCUAAGGAAGAUUUUGGCGAGGAAUUCACAGUGUUCAUAAUAAGGCAUACCCGAAAGAAACCUGAAAAAGUCUAAGACACAUUUGUUUCAUCUGAAAAAUGGCACCCAGUACUGAUGUGCUGGUGAGGACGAUACCUGUCCUUAUUGGCCUAGGAGUUGUGGCUGUUACUGCAGUUCUAGCCAAAGUCUUCCUUUUUAGUGACAAGAAAAAGAAGGCUCCAGUAACAUUGGAAAACCCUGAAGUGAAAUAUAAACUUAAACUUAUUGAUAAAGAAAUUAUAAGUCAUGAUACGAGACGCUUUCGGUUUGCUUUGCCUUCCCCAGAUCAUGUAUUGGGACUUCCUGUAGGACAGCACAUAUAUCUUAGUGCUCGUAUUGAUGGUUCAUUAGUCAUCCGUCCAUACACUCCUGUGUCCAGUGAUGAUGACAAAGGAUUUAUGGACCUGGUGGUCAAGGUGUAUUUCAAAGAUGUUCAUCCUAAAUUCCCUGAUGGUGGCAAAAUGUCCCAGUAUUUGGAGAACAUGGCUAUUGGAGAUUAUAUAGAAGUUAGAGGACCCAAUGGAUUGCUGGUCUAUGAUGGGCGAGGUCAGUUUAGCAUUCGUCCGGACAAGAAGUCCCCACCUCAGAAAGUGAAGGCAAAGAAUGUAGGAAUGAUUGCUGGAGGAACUGGAAUCACCCCAAUGCUUCAGUUGGUUCGUCAAGUGUUUAAGGAUCCUGAGGAUAAGACCAAUUUGAUGUUGCUGUUUGCAAAUCAGACUGAGAAAGACAUCCUCCUGAGACCAGAGCUCGAAGAGAUUGCUGAGCAACAUCCAGACCGCUUUAAGCUAUGGUAUACCUUGGACAGGCCUGAGGAAGGAUGGGCUUACAGCAGUGGCUUUAUAGAUGCAGACAUGAUUAAGGGGCACCUGCCAACCCCUGGUGAGGACACCUACAUUUUCAUGUGUGGCCCUCCUCCCAUGAUAAGAUUUGCAUGCGAACCAAACCUGGAUAAACUUGGCUAUCCGCAAAAUAAAAGAUUUGCCUAUUAAUCUAUGUGGCUUCAUAAUGCAAGGUCACUUUUUUUUCACUGUUAAGCUAGUUAAAUCAUGUUGUUGUCAUUAAAUUGGGCAGAUGGAAGUGUCAAAGAUAUGCUUAUUGAAUUGAAUUUUGAAUUAUGUAGUAGCUUGAAAUAUAUGAAGUUUGAUUAAAAUAGUUUUGUCAAGGCUAUGGGUAGGUAUUUUAGAGUUAUAACAUGUGCAUUAAUGAACUUGUGAUAAAAAA